AGUAUUCGACUGAUCGAGACACAUGGAGCUUCACAUAGCUACGCCACUCUGAGCUACUGCUGGGGUAUCAUAAACUCUCAAUGGCUAUGUAACAAACAGACUGUGGACCAAUAUCUUCUUGGUAUCGAUCGUGAGAUCCUCCCAGCUACGCUCCGUGACAGCAUCGUCAUUGCAGCAAGCCUUGGCAUACGUUACAUCUGGAUCGAUGCGCUGUGUAUCAUCCAAGACAGUACUUCACACUGGGCCGCUGAGUCCGCAAAGAUGGGCAGUAUCUACCAUGGAUCCUUGGUCACGAUAGCUGCCGCUGGAAGCUCAGAUAGCAACGGAGGCCUAUAUCACCCGGGGCCUUUGCGGGAUGAUCUUGCUCUUCUCGAGAGCCGGUUGCAGAGCGGUUCCAUAAGCCGAUUAUAUGUCGUCAGAUCCGCUGGUUACGAUCCUUACGAUGAUAUUUACGAAGAAGAAGUCCUUCACAGUCUGCUGUCUACACGUGCCUGGGUGUUCCAAGAACAGGUACUUUCUCGUCGGAUUAUCUACUACGCCCAGUCUCAGUUGUUUUGGGAAUGCGAGCAUUGCCGCUUGAGCGAGGACGGUUGUCCGCAACAACAAGCUCAGCAAAUCUACCCAAUCCUAGCCUCUCAAAAGCCGCUUAGCACAGCUCAGAUAAUCAAGAGCUGGUAUCUCGGAGCAGUGCAGACCUACACCAAUCGCAGUCUUACCCACAAGCAUGACAAAUUGGUUGCAAUCAGUGCUGUCGCUAGGGCAACAUAUUUGAAUAGACGCAUCGACUACUUCGCCGGCCUAUGGAAAGAUUGUAUCCUACAAGGCCUAGUUUGGAAGCGUUCUAGCCUUGGAAACAAGAGUAGAACCUACGUAUGUCCCUCGUGGUUAUGGGCUUCCCAAGACUCAAGCGUGCAGUACGAUGCUAUCUACAACGAACCAAACAAGUACAUCCCCUACCAGCCCAAGGUACUCGAAGUACACGUAGAUCGUGAUCCUAAAAACCACUUUGGGGAUGUGAGCAGCGGAUACGUAAAGCUUGACACUUGGAUCACGUCAGGAUGGGUCUUGCGUAGCCAUGCAUACGAGCUCAAUCACGAGCAGGAAUUCAUCUUUUACAACAAGUCCCAUCUCCACAUUUGGCGCGCGACAGUAGUCAUGGAUGACGACGACUAUACAGGUCCUGGCGUUACCGUCGCUAUGAUCAGCAAUUACUAUCAAGACUGGGUCGCGCUUGUCCUUGAGUCGUUGUCAGAUGGGACGCAAACAUAUCGAAGGAUUGGAAUCUUAAAGUGGAAAAUCAACGAUCGACAUAAAAUUGAGAAUCCGGGGCAGAUGUGGAAGCAGGAGUUUAUAACUAUUGUAUAG